AUGCAGAUCUCUUCUACUUCUUCUUCUAUCAAAUUGACCAAUCAUCAUCAUAUGAUAAGAUCGAGUAGUGAUCAUCAACAUCAAUGGAGACAUAACUACAACUUGAAGCAGCUUUUUGUUCCAAGCUCAUGUCCUAAUCUCUCUGUUUCUAACUCUCCUUUGAACCAAAGUGUCGCAGCUAUAGUGUUCGGAGGAGGAUCAGACCCUGAGCUUUAUCCUCUUAACAAAACAAGAUCCAAAGGAGCCAUUCCUAUUGCUGCAAACUACAGACUUAUCGAUGCAGUCAUCAGUAAUUGCAUCAACAGUGACAUCACCAAGAUCUAUGCAAUCACUCAGUUCAAUUCCACUUCUCUCAAUUCACAUCUGUCCAGAGCUUACAGUGGAUUCGGAAUCGAAAAAGACAGAUUCGUUGAAGUCAUUGCCGCUUAUCAGAGCCUUGAAGAUCAAGGAUGGUUUCAGGGAACUGCUGAUGCGAUAAGAAGGUGCUUGUGGGUAUUUGAAGAGUUUCCAGUGACUGAGUUCUUGGUUCUUCCUGGAUUUCAUCUUUACAAAAUGGAUUACAAGACGCUAAUCGAAGAUCACAGAAGAAGUAGAGCGGAUAUAACCAUUGUUGGACUAAGCUCUGCUACAGACCAUGACUCUGGUUUUGGUUUCAUGGAAGUUGAUUCCACAAAUCUCGUCACCAGAUUCUCAAUCAAACCUGAGAAGGAUCAACAAGAUUUUAUCUCUGUGGAAAACAGAACAACAAGAAGUGAAGAAACUUCUUCUUGCUGUGUCCCAAGCACAGGGAUUUACGUGAUCGGUCGAGAACAGAUGGUGAAGCUUCUGAGAGAAUGUUUGGUAAAAGCGAAAGACUUGGCCAGCGAAAUCAUUCCUGGUGCGAUCUCUGAAGGCAUGAAGGUGAAAGCUCAUAUGUUUGACGGAUAUUGGGAAGAUGUGAAGAGCGUUGGAGCUUACUAUAGAGCUAAUAUGGAGAGUAUUAAGAGUAACAGAUUCUACGACAGACAAUGUCCACUGUACACAAUGCCUCGGUGUUUGCCCCCAACCUCCAUGAGUGAAGCUGUAAUAACCGACAGUAUUAUCGGAGACGGUUGCAUUCUCGAUAGAUGUGUCAUCAGAGGAUCCGUGGUUGGAAUGAGAACAAGAAUCGCUGAUGAAGUGAUUGUAGAGGAUUCAGUCAUCGUCGGUUCGGAUAUAUAUGAGAUGGAAGAAGAUGUAAGAAGAAAAGGGAGGGAGAAGAAGAUAAAUAUCCGAAUAGGGAUCGGUGAAAAGAGUCGAAUAAGAAGAGCCAUUGUUGAUAAAAAUGCCAGGAUUGGCAAAAACGUCAUGAUUAUUAACAGAGACAAUGUUGAGGAAGGAAAUCGAGAAGCUGAAGGUUACGUUAUAAGAGAUGGAAUCAUUGUCAUACUUCGAAACGCAGAGAUCCCAAACAACUCCAUCCUUUGAAUAACACACUUCUAU